AUGAUGAGCACUGCCAAGCCAGGCGAAAAAAACAGUUUGCCUAUUCUGCACAUUGCUUUUUUAUUAGCACUGGAAGGUGCAUAUUUCUAUACCGUCUGCACUAUCUUCAGCUUUGCAGGUGUCCUCAGUGUAGAUCUUGGAUGGGCUCCAGGCAAGAACGAGGCAGGCUUUGUGGCAGGCUGGCUGCAAUCAGCCAAUGUUUGCGGCCGCAUCUUCACGUCUCCAGUGUGGGGCUUGAUUGCUAGCCGCUAUGGUAUCAAGGUGGUGCUUUCUAUUACGCUGGCCUCCAUGUUGAUUGGCUGCAGUCUCUUCGGAUUUUGCACGAACCUCAUCGCAGCGAUGGCUGUUCGCUUCAUAUUCUUUGGGCUUCUCAAUGGCUGGCUGGUUCUGACGGGUCCUUGUGCGGUCGCUGCUGCGGGGCGGGAGCAUCAAACAGAGCUUCUUGGAUUGAUCUUCGCCGCCGGAUGCGGUAUGCAGCUGAUCGGCCCUGCAGUCGGAGGUUGGACAUACGGCCUCGUGGAAGACUUCCCAGCCUUGCUGCCCAGCCUCAUUGGAUGUGCUUUGAGUAUUCUUGCUUUGGUCCUUUUCUCAGGGGUCCACCAGACAUUCUCACAGGAGCACACCGUUCAGGAGAAGGCACAAGCAGCAGAAGGGGCAGAAGCAUCGUUUGCCAAGUCCAAGUCUUUGCUUUUGCAACGGCCUUUGCCUCUGAUCUUCCUCAUGCGCUUUGCAGGAGGAUGUGCGUCGUACACCAUGUACGAAGCAGUGCCGUUGUGGCUCAUCUCUGACACUGAUCUGGGUGGAUUCGGAAUGACUGAGAAGUCGGUGGGCUCUUUUCUGUGCAGAUCGGGCCUGUGGAACAUCAUCUACUUCACGUGGAUAUUACCAUGGUGUUCCAAGCGGUUUGGAAGUCGCUGCUUCUCUAUUGUGACAAGCACCAUUGCGAUUGUCACUGCUUGCAUCUUGCCCUUUUCCAUCAACAUUCCAUCCGCCAAUGUCUUGCACCUCAUUUGGGCUUCUGCCCUGGUGUCUAACAACGUAUUAAAUGCUGCCUUCACGAAUAAUGCAGCACCUCCGGAAGAUCGCCUGUUGGCAAAUGGUUUCGCAGUGACUGCUGAGACGAUUGGGAAAGCCAUUGGACCAGUGGCGUCUUCUUCAAUCUUUGCUUGGACACUGAGAAAAUGUGGAUGGCAAGGACACGGCGCUGUUUUUUUUAUCCUGGCAGGACUCUCGAUAAUUCAAAUCAUUUGUGUGCUUUGUCUUCCCAGCUAUGUAGAACCUGCCUGCCAACAGCCGUGGGAUAAAGUGCAUUCCGAAAGUGGUAGUGCGGUAGGUAAGGAAGCUAGGACCCUGGAUGCUUGA